AUGCUCUCCAUCGGUGGCGGAGCAGGCGGUUACUACCUUUCCUCGUCCCAGGACGCUAAGAAUGUCGCGACGUACCUAUGGAACAACUUCUUAGGAGGUACGUCAUCUUCGCGGCCUCUCGGUGAUGCAGUCCUCGAUGGCAUCGACUUCGAUAUCGAGGGCGGUACACCCCUGCACUGGGACGAUCUUGCAAGGUUCCUAAAAGGGUAUAGCAACUCCGGCAGGAGAGUGUACUUGACUGCCGCGCCACAGUGCCCUUUCCCUGAUGCAUGGGUGGGAGGCGCCCUCAACACCGGUCUCUUUGACUAUGUGUGGGUGCAGUUCUACAACAAUGCUCCUUGCCAAUAUACUUCAGGAAGCACUUCCAAUCUAGCUGAUUCAUGGAAGCAGUGGUUGACCGUUCCUGCAAAGCAGAUCUUCCUUGGUCUACCGGCAUCACCUGAGGCUGCUGGGAGCGGGUUCAUCCCGGCUGAUGACCUAAAGUCUGAUGUUCUCCCAUUGAUCAAGAGUGCGGGGAAGUAUGGUGGGAUCAUGUUGUGGUCCAAGUAUUAUGAUGACCAGGAUGGCUAUAGCUCUUCGGUGAAGAAUGAUGUUUGA